GGUGGUAUUGCCUUAUCCUCUACAAAUCUCUGCAUCUACAUUCUACAUCUCCUUCUAUACUCACCCAUGUUGAAGCAUGGAAUGUUGCACACAAACAUAUGUCCACGUCCAAUUUUCAAUGUUCAAUCUAGCAAGAAAACUCCUCUUUCCAUGCCUAUGAACAUUUCUUCAGAUCUUAAAAAUUCAAAAAUUCAAAUCCAACGUUCGACAUCUUGCCGGGCCAGACGGAGAGUGAGAUAUGAAGACAUUGACGAAGACGAAGACGAAGACUAUGGGCACAACGUAGAGAUUGCCGUGCUAGAAUCAUAUAGCGAAUCUGCGAAGGAUGAGGUCCUUCUGGUUCGAGCCUGGGUAGAUGACCAUGAAGAAGAAGUGCUUAUCUUUAAGGGAUUUUCAUCUUGCUUGAGUGAUAAGACUUCAGCUGACCCAUCAAAGAGUGUCCUUCCAGCAAGAGCAGUCAUCACAUCCAUUGAUCGGAUUAGAGGGCCUUUUGACCCCUCCAACAUCGAGUACUUAGAGAAGGGCUUGACGUGGGAAGCUUUCAAGAGCCGUCUUUGCUGAGCCCGUUUGCUCAUCCUCCGUACUUGUAGAGCAUCGCUCCCAAUUCCACACGUGCAAAUGUGCCACGCACGUAUGAAAUCGAAGCCGUUCAUCAUGU